GCCAAGCAACACAAACCGUCUAUCAGUUUCAGGUAAGAAAAUAUAACCAUUCUUUUUCUAUGUGAUUCUUUUGAAUGAUUUUACACUUUUAAUGUUUAAUUUACAUAUUGAACACUAUUAAUGUAUUUGUAUUAUUUUAGGGCUGUUUCUUCCACGGGUGUAGUUCGUGCUAUGACGGGGAUGUCAUUCAUCCGCUAAAAGGGCUUUCCAUGGCAAAUUUUGAGAGAAAAGACAGAAGAGGCCACACGAAAACUUCGAGCCCAGAGUUUCCACGUCAUAGAAAUGUGGGAGCACGAGUUUCAACGGCAGAAGGAAGAAAAUCCAGAUCUCCAAGCUUUCCUGGAUCAACACCAUCUGAGGGACCGGCUCAAUCCUCGCGAGUCAUUUUUCGGAGGACGGACCAAUGCCCUAAAAUUGUUCCACGAGGGAGAGGCUAAAUAUAUGGAUUUCACAUCUCUCUAUCCAUGGGUGAACAAAUAUUGCGUCUACCCUGUGGGACAUCCGGAAAUCAUCAAGGAAAGCUUCGGGGAUCAAGAACACUACUUUGGCAUUAUUCAAUGCCGUGUCAUUCCUUCUCUCAACCUAUAUCUUCCAGUUCUUCCAUAGCGGUGCCGAAAGAAACUGAUGUUCCCCAUUGUAUUUAUCAUUUGUGUGUCCUAUCCUUCUCACAGCACGGUCAAGAAACAGAACAUUGGUGCCGUGAUCUCUGCUUAGUGAAGGAUCGGAUCGAUAAAUGAUUUUGAA